AAGCUUUUGUGUAGAUAAUAUUUGGUAUAAAAAAAGACCUUUGCCCGCCUUUUCUGUUUUUCCCCUUCUCCUUUCUUUCUUCCCAAGCACAAGAACCCUAAAACCCCUAUCAUUCUUGACAAAAAUUUCUCACAAAUCAAAAGCCAUAUCUCCUUGUUCUCUAUUUGAAAUAUGGUGGUCGGUAGAAUUACCUCCCGGAUUGCAAGAACCGUCGUUACUCGGUACCAAAUUUCUUCGAUCCUCCACGGCCGACCUGAUAAUCGUUACACGAUUCCAAUAAUCGGAAACCAUUUUCCCGGCUCACAGAACAAGGUGAUAACAGGUCAAAUAUCUCGAAUACAUAAUUCUGUUCUUAGUUCAUCAACCUUCCAAAGAUUUGGGUUCUCAUCAUCUGCAUCUACACAACCCAAUGAAAAGGGAGCUUCUGAAAAUGGAAAAGAAACUACAAAUGAUGAAAAUUUGGGUCAAAAAGAAGGUUCUGAUGAUUUGACAAUGGAGGAUAUGAUUGGACUUGUAACUGAGAAGGAAGAACUUUUGAAGACAAAGCAAGAAGAGAUUAAAGUUUUGGAAGAUAAACUUCUUCGAAGCUAUGCAGAUAUGGAAAACGUUAUGGCAAGGACAAAAAGAGAGGCUGAAAACUCAAAAAAGUUUGCAAUUCAGAAUUUUGCAAAAAGUUUACUAGAUGUUGCAGAUAAUCUAGAUAGAGCAUCAUCAGUUGUAAAAGAGAGUUUUGCAAAGCUUGAUACAUCUGGAGACAAUGCUGGAGGAGCUGUUCCACUUCUUAAAACACUUCUAGAAGGUGUCGAAAUGACCGAAAAACAGCUAUCAGAGGUUUUCAAGAAAUUUGGAGUGGAGAAAUAUGAUCCAACAAACGAAGAGUUUGAUCCAAAUAGACAUAAUGCAGUGUUCCAAGUACCCGAUCCUACCAAGGCCCCUGAUACUGUUGCAGUUGUCCUCAAAGCGGGAUACACGUUGCAUGAGCGCAUCAUUCGACCUGCUGAAGUUGGUGUCACCAUAAAAGUUGACUAGAAAUAACACCCAUGUUUGACCUUGAUAUUAAUUAUAUCUUUUGAACCUUUUGAUUUACUUCAUUUUUUGUAUCGGAUGUAAUAAAAUAUGGAUAUGCAUUAAAGGUUGUUGAAACUUAUAUUUGAGAACAAACACACCUUGGGGGUUAUUUGAUUUAAACCUAAAGAUGUCACACACAGAGAGGGAUUAUCUACAAACAUAGUCAACAAAGAUUAAUUUACAUGAAUCCUAAAGUACACACACACUUAAUGAUAACUUUCAUCAUCUUCACAUCUUCACAAUCAUGUUCUUAAUGGAGUUCUUAAGUUAUUCAGCGUGCAAAACCCCUCUGAGCAGCCUUAACCCAGUCAGCCACUUUGUUCUCACCACCUAAAUCAUGAUCUUCAUCAUGCUCUUCCAUUUCCAUUGGCUGGUGGUUCAAGUCUUCGGUUGAUGGCUCAUUAUUCUGAGACUGAUGUUAAUGAGAUAAUGUUUGUUGUUGAAAAUAGUAAGUAAAAGCUAAUGUAAAAUAGUUUGGCUUCAUUACCUGAGAUUUAGCUGAAAGGACAU